AUGAACACCAACUCUAACAACAACAGCAACAACAGCUGCAGCAGCUCAUCAAAUGAGAUCGCCAAGCCGCCCUACUCCUACAUCGCACUGAUCACCAUGGCCAUCAAGAAGGCGACCGACCACAAGGUGACGCUCAGUGGAAUCUAUCAGUACAUCAUGGACGAGUACCCAUUCUACCGGGACAACAAACAGGGCUGGCAGAACAGCAUUCGCCACAACCUCUCCCUGAACGAGUGCUUCAUCAAGGUGGCCCGGGAUGAUAAGAAGUCGGGCAAGGGCAGCCACUGGACACUCGAUCCUGACUCGCUGAACAUCUUCGAAAACGGCAGCUACCUCAGGCAGCGGCAAAGACGCCUCAAACGCAAAGGAGAAUGCAGAAGAGGUUAA